AUGGGGAACACAUUGAACUGUUGUGUGUGCCCCAAGUGGAGGUGGCACCGGAGACGUGUGUGGCCCUGUGAGUCUGAGAUCUGUGAGGUAGCAACUGGGAACACAGCGCCAGUAGCACCAGUGCCUGCUGCUGUAGAGCCUAGCGAAUUUGCUUUUGAAGCUGUUGAGAGCCUCCAUGUACACCACAUCCAUGACAGAGAGAUACCAGAAGAUAGAGCUUUGGAGCCAAACCCUUCUGAUGAUCCAAGGGCAAGCACAAUCUUCCUGCGAAAAUAUCAAACAGAUGUUCAAGAAAAGAGAAAGAGCAGCUGCACAAACCAUGUACCUACUAAGCAUUUUACUAAAAAGUACAGCUCGUGUUCAACCAUAUACCUAGAUGACAGCACAGUCAGCAAGCCUCAUUUUACAACCACAGUAAAAUCUGUGGCCUUAGCAAUAUAUUAUCACAUGAAGAAAAGAGAUGCAGAUAAAUCCCUCGAUAUAUUUGACGAGCAGUUACAUCCACUUACUCAAAAAAAGAUGCCAAAGGAAUACUUUGAGUAUGUUCCUGAACACAAGUUUAUUUACAGAUUUGUCCAUGUUCUUUUUAAAGCCACAAACCUAACAGCUGAAUUUGCAAUAGUAACUUUGAUUUACAUAGAAAGACUCUUAAGUUAUGCUGAGAUAGACCUUUGCCCGACCAACUGGAAGAGGAUUGUCAUAGGAGCCAUUCUUCUCAGCUCCAAAGUUUGGGAAGAUGUGACUAUACGGAAUAGGGAAUACUGCAAGCUCUUUGUGAACACUAGCAUUGAAGACAUAAAUGAGCUUGAAAGACAGUUUUUGCAGCUAAUUGACUAUAACAUCAAAGUUUCUGGAAGUGUUUAUGCCAAGUACUAUUUUCAUCUUCGAUCCUUGGCAAAGGACAAUAGCUUGCAUUUGCCAGUUUAUCUUCUCAACAAAGAAAGAGCACAGAACCUGGAAGCUGUUUCAAGGAUAGAAGACACCAAAAUCUUUUAUAGUGCUACCAUGAGAAGGUCCUUCAGCGCUGAUAAUUUCAUUACUCUUCAGCGCUCUAAAGCCAUUAUCUCUUGA